UGAGACAUUUGUUCAUCGCCCUCAACUAUCGCACCGAUAUCAUAAUCACAUUACUCGACGAGCUUGGCCCACUGUCGUUCAUUAACAGUCAAUUGGCUAUUUUAGUACGCGCUGAUGAAGUUUCUUUUGCCGAACAUUCCUACGAGCUCGAGCUAUGCACGUGGAAAGGCCUAGGAGAAUUAUUGUUAAAAAUAUAUGAUGGCUGUACACAGACAACAUUAAACAAGGAAGAGAAAAGGUCAGAUGACCAUAUUGUAUUAAUUGAUAUCAAACCGCAUACAUACGAUUCAAUAGAAUUCUGGCCACCCAAUUUGAAAAAGAGAAAGAGUAUAAACACAAGAACAACGUCCAAACGUGCUCGUCGUAACAGUGGGAUCGCUAGUGGCCCCAAAGCAUCAGGAGAUAAAACAGAAGACGAGUCAAAAACUGGUUUCAUAAGCGAGAUGGAGAAAAUUAUAACCGCAAUUGAUGAGAGAUUGCUCAUGUCAGUUAAAGAACAAGACGAAAUAAUGAAGAUAGAGUUGUUCAUGGACAGACUGGAAAAUAUGUGGGCAUCAGCAGCAACGGACGAGUUCAUAAACAUAUCUGGACUGUUGGAAGAAAAUGAAUGUAGACAGAGUUCCAAUAGUAGACGUCGCUUUAUCUAUUAUACGAAAACAAGUCCAUCACCUCAUCCGGUCGCUCUAUCAAGUAGCUCAGUGCAACAGCUUGUUAAUAGCCUCAAUGAACGUAAAACCACGAUAACCAUCUGGAUGGCUGUUUAUCUCAUUAAUAUAUUUGCGUAUCAAUCUGGCCCCGAGUCCUCUGACUGCACGUCACUAUGGUUAUAUGGAUGGCCAGAUGGGAUGGCGGAGAUAGUAUUGCGCGUUUUGAACAGCUGUCAUCGAACACUUUUACAGAUACUGUGUGAUGAGCAGAAGAGAAUAAAUAAAGAUAGCUCAUAUAACUGGAUAACCAUUGGCCUGUGUGAAUUUCUCGUUGAUCAGAGAACAUCCCUACUACAAGAAGACAGAUGUGAGCAAUCACCGUGUGUAGAUGAGUUAGAACGUCAACCGAUACACGAGGAAUACUGUUUAUACGAAGAACUUUUCAAGUAUGCGGACGACAGACUGUGUGAUAUUCAGACCGUCGUAGAGCAAAUCGUGGCACUUCAUGAUCCGACAAAACUUGAUGAUCAACGUAACACAAUGGUAAAGCGGGUAUAUUAUUAUUAUAGUGAAUGGAGCAGAAUAACGCAAUUGAGUACGUGGAAUCCAUUACUCGAUUUAUCAAAAAUCCUUGAACUGGAACAAUGUCUUCUCGCAGAAGAGAAAUCUCCAAUAGAAGCAGAAUGGAUAUGCGCAGUCAAAACACUCCAUGACCUCGUCUUCAGGCUGUAUACUAAACAGGAUGAAGACUUGGUGGAAUCACCAAUAACACCAACGUUUCAGCAAGUGAACGCUCAAACAAACGCUCAAACAAACGCUCAACCAAACGCUCAACCAAACGCUCAACCAAACGCUCAACCAUCACAGCAAGAAGUGCGCGCCCAACAACCCAGAGGUCGUCCUCCGCGGGAUGUAGGUAUAGCUGUUCGCGAGUUCUGGGAGCAGAUUUUACAUCUUAACAAUGAACUCAAGAGGGUGGCAGAGUUGAUCAAGAAAAACAACCUUAAAAUUGCAAUGUUACCUGAUGAUGAUGCAGUUAGAUUCAGACAAACAAUUUCGGUUCUUCAUAAUAUAUGCAUACACAUACUAUUUUCAGAUGAAUCAAGGAAUUAUGAUUAUGAUCUCACACCGGUCGCUGAUAUUAUUUCUGCGUUUACUGUGAGAGUAUAUAUUAUAAUAUACCGUAUAUUGAAGAAUGAGCCAACCAGAAAUGGAGUUGGGUUUAAUAGAUGGUUGUUGAUGGAGAAGUAUUUUGAUCUGGUGCAUGAUGCGUUGGCUGAGAAUUGGAUGUGCUGUGCUGAUGAAGGCUCGUUUCUGAAAGCAGUUCUCAGAGAAUAUUAUGAAACUGAUGCUCGAAUAGAAACCCAGGAACUUUUAUGCUGCUACUGCUUAUACAGUAUACCUCCUCCCAAUGACUCCGAUUUGGAGAAACAUAGUAAUUAUAGCGACAAAACAAAAAUUGUAGAAUUCAAGGACUUGGGCGACGUCGAGCCCGUAUUUAGAGUUAUAGUGAAGACACAGUCAGAAUGGAUAAAAAGCGCGACAGCAAGGAAUGCAGUCAAAGAGAUAUUAGAUAUAAUUGCUACGAAAGUAUUGGAAUAUGACAAGGCAGAUAGAGAGGAGGAGACUGGGAGAGGUCUUAUGAGAGAAGUUAAUGAUUGUAAGCAGUGGUUAAAAUCUUAUCUUGGCAGCUCUAUUCAAUUCUACAAAGCAAUAAACCUGGAAUACACGGGAGAGUUGUUGUCGCCAAUGCGAUGUAAACAGAACUACACACUUUCACUCGAUUAUAUUAAUAGUCAUUUGCAUUAUCUCCGCGGUAAGAUCCGUCUCCAUUCUGUUAAAGCACGUUCAAGACAUAACGCGGCAAAGGCGAACGAUCUUAUAGAGAGAGCAAUAGAAGUCUAUGAGGAAGAUAUUACCUAUAACCCAGAAAGAUUUGCAUCAUGGCAUGCGCUGGCAUAUCUCUAUUCCUGUCUAGCUGAAGAAAAAUUGAUCUAUUCAGCAGUUGAAAUCAAUCGUAACUUCUCAAAGAUAGGCGAAUAUCAAAGAAAAGCAUUCUUAUGCUACGCUCAAGCGGCCCAUGCCCUAAAAUUCUACCCAAAUCUCAAUGACCAACCACAAGCGUCUAUAGAGGACCAGCUUAACUUCUGGCAUGGUUACGGUUAUCACGUGUAUUCAAUGAUUGCCAAACCAAUGUGCAUGGCAGCGUUCCGGAAGGAUCACUUGGCAAACAUGAACGUCGAUGUAUAUACGUGGGCCGCAAAAUGUUUUGGAACGGCGUUUGCCUUUGAAAGGCAGAUUUGCGAUCAGAAAGAUUGGACGCUUCCAUAUAUGCUUGCAAUGUGCUCAUACAAAAUUUUGGGCGACGCAGUUGAUGCAAAUCGUUCAAAAAAGAUACUUCGUCUGCUCAAAGUGUCAGCAGCUCUCACUCCCCAAACGCUUGAUCGUAACAGUGAGGUUAUUGUCCUUGAGCCACAGUAUAAAUUGCUAAGCGUCCUCACCAAGUAUUAUCUGAAAAACUUGUUUACGGCUAGCGAUGUCUGUGAUUGUCUCGAGUAUGAUCAUUCAGAUGAAUCUUAUUCUCGUCCUAUAUCAAUUCCAGACGGCAGAGAGGCUAUGAUAGGAUAUUUCAUUGAUCAAUACGAAGCACUUCGUACUCAAGACACUGGGGGCUGGUACCAUCGUCCAAUAUACAAGGUUGCAAUGCUUAAGGCACUUUUAGGAAGAUACGAAGAAGCCAAGAGUGAUAUGCAAAAUUUGGUACAAGUCAAGGCAAAGAGCGUUAUCAACGUAUGGAAGAACGAAUUUGAGAGGCCAGGAAGACACUUCGUUUACGUACAACAGUAUAUAGUUUUUCUGAUUGAACUUCUAGAUAAGACAAACGAUCUGGAGCUUCUUCGACUUCUCGAGCAUAAAAUUCGCAACUGGAGGAAUGUUACAUUAGACCUUUCGGCAAUAGAUGAGAAUGUACGCAAAGCCAAAACACGGUUAAUGCAAGAGGAGAAUCGUCCUGUGGUGGAGCGAGCGCAGAUCAAACAAGAGAAUAUUACCGUGUUUACAAUAUAG